CCCUUUUCCACAGUCCACGCCCCCACCCCCAAAGUCCAAGUCCGAAAGAGCUUUUGGGUGGGUGGAGACUUGCAUUGAUUCAAUUUAGUUCACUCACACAGCACCCCGCCCCCCUUCUCAGGGGGUCCUGCUCCCAGGAGGGAGGAGAUAUAAGGACGAUUUUUCUUUUAUUUUAAAAUAAGCUGCCCAGUGGCCCCCCCACCAACCCCCUCCCGCUUUUGCGCAGCCGGGGCUCGGGGGAGAUGAGCGCACAAAAACGCGGUUUGCACGUGUGUCCGGCUUGGGCUGCGGGUGUGCGCAACUGGCGACUGUGUGUGUGUGUGUGAGUGUGCGCGCGCGCGCGAGUGUGUCUCUGUGUGUGCUUUCUUGUUCUCUUACAGGGUACAAUGUUAAAAAGCCACCGCUAGUCGCCCCCAGUGCUCCGACUCUCUGGGUCUUUUUGUCUCUAGUGCAGAUUAAACGUCACGUCCGCACUUGAACUUGAAUUUUAUCCCAUUGUACAGAGGCAGCCCCAGCCAUAGAGAGACCGAGAGCUCCCAGAGAACCCGGACUCCGCCAUCUUCACGUUGCAAUCUAUAGCUCCCAGUCUGCGCCCGCACCGACCCAGGCGCACUGGGCGAGCCGCCCCUCCGCCCCGCUCCCCCCGGGCCCGCGGCGCCAGGGGAGCGCUGGGGAGCGCUCGCGGGGACUCGGCAGCCCCUCCGGCCGGCGCCAGCCUGCCAGGUGAACUGGGAAGGAGCCUCUCCUGGUGUCCCCCCAGAGCCUCGGAAGGGUCAGUCUCCGAGAAAAAACAAAAACAAAAACAAAAACAGGCAGCCCGCAGAAAACCCAGAAACAACCGAACCGGGGCAGUUUUACAUUGCUUUGGGUUUUUUGAGGGGGCGGGGUGAGGGGGUACGAGACAAGUCCCCAAGUUUUCUUUGCUUUUUUUUUUCCUUUGCUUUUUCUUCUUUUAUUUUUUUAUUUGUUUGCAUUUUUUUUCCCCUCCUGGUAGAAGUGCGCUUUCCACCUACCAGACCCUGAAAGAAAGUGUCAGGAGCCAGUGCAAAAUCCAGUUUAAGUUCAAGAAGACAUUUGCAAGUGCAAGAGGCCAAGCAGUUUGAAGAAGUGUAAGAGAUUUUUUUUCCUUCGAAAGAAUAUAUUUUUAAAGAAACCAGCCAGUCCGCGGAAAGCAACAGCAGUUUUUUUUUUUUUGCCUCUUUUUCUUAUUUUAGAUCGAGAGGUUUUUCUUGCUUUUCUUCCCUUUUUUUUCUUUCUGCAAACAAAACAAAAAACAGCCUAGAAGAAAGAGCAAAAUAAAGAAGAAGAAGAGGAGGAAGAGAGGGCAAGAGAGGAAGGGAAAAAAAACACCAACCCGGGCAGAGGAGGAGGUGCGGCGGCGGCGGCGGCGGCAGCGGCGCGGCGGCAGCGGCGGCGGCUCGGACCCCCUCCCCCGGCUCCCCCCAUCAGUGCAGCUCUCCGGGCGAUGCCAGAAUAGAUGCCGGGGCAAUGUCCCGCCGCAAACAGGGCAACCCGCAGCACUUGUCCCAGAGGGAGCUCAUCACCCCAGAGGCUGACCAUGUGGAGGCCGCCAUCCUCGAAGAAGAUGAGGGUCUGGAGAUAGAGGAGCCAAGUGGCCUGGGGCUGAUGGUGGGUGGCCCCGACCCUGACCUGCUCACCUGUGGCCAGUGUCAAAUGAACUUCCCCUUGGGGGACAUCCUGGUUUUUAUAGAGCACAAAAGGAAGCAGUGUGGCGGCAGCUUGGGUGCCUGCUAUGACAAGGCCCUGGACAAGGACAGCCCGCCGCCCUCCUCACGCUCCGAGCUCAGGAAAGUGUCCGAGCCGGUGGAGAUCGGGAUCCAAGUCACCCCCGACGAAGAUGACCACCUGCUCUCACCCACGAAAGGCAUCUGUCCCAAGCAGGAGAACAUUGCAGGGCCGUGCAGGCCUGCCCAGCUGCCAGCGGUGGCCCCCAUAGCUGCCUCCUCCCACCCUCACUCAUCCGUGAUCACUUCACCUCUGCGUGCCCUGGGCGCUCUCCCGCCCUGCCUCCCCCUGCCGUGCUGCAGCGCGCGCCCGGUCUCGGGUGACGGGACUCAGGGUGAGGGUCAGACGGAGGCUCCCUUUGGAUGCCAGUGUCAGUUGUCAGGUAAAGAUGAGCCUUCCAGCUACAUUUGCACAACAUGCAAGCAGCCCUUCAACAGCGCGUGGUUCCUGCUGCAGCACGCGCAGAACACGCACGGCUUCCGCAUCUACCUGGAGCCCGGGCCGGCCAGCAGCUCGCUCACGCCGCGGCUCACCAUCCCGCCGCCGCUCGGGCCGGAGGCCGUGGCGCAGUCCCCGCUCAUGAAUUUCCUGGGCGACAGCAACCCCUUCAACCUGCUGCGCAUGACGGGCCCCAUCCUGCGGGACCACCCGGGCUUCGGCGAGGGCCGCCUGCCGGGCACGCCGCCUCUCUUCAGUCCCCCGCCGCGCCACCACCUGGACCCGCACCGCCUCAGUGCCGAGGAGAUGGGGCUCGUCGCCCAGCACCCCAGUGCCUUCGACCGAGUCAUGCGCCUGAACCCCAUGGCCAUCGACUCGCCCGCCAUGGACUUCUCGCGGCGGCUCCGCGAGCUGGCGGGCAACAGCUCCACGCCGCCGCCCGUGUCCCCGGGCCGCGGCAACCCUAUGCACCGGCUCCUGAACCCCUUCCAGCCCAGCCCCAAGUCCCCGUUCCUGAGCACGCCGCCGCUGCCGCCCAUGCCCCCUGGCGGCACGCCGCCCCCGCAGCCGCCGGCCAAGAGCAAGUCGUGCGAGUUCUGCGGCAAGACCUUCAAGUUCCAGAGCAAUCUCAUCGUGCACCGGCGCAGUCACACGGGCGAGAAGCCCUACAAGUGCCAGCUGUGCGACCACGCGUGCUCGCAGGCCAGCAAGCUCAAGCGCCACAUGAAGACGCACAUGCACAAGGCCGGCUCGCUGGCCGGCCGCUCCGACGACGGGCUCUCGGCCGCCAGCUCCCCCGAGCCCGGCACCAGCGAGCUGGCGGGCGAGGGCCUCAAGGCGGCCGAUGGCGACUUCCGCCACCACGAGAGCGACCCGUCGCUGGGCCACGAGCCGGAGGAGGAGGACGAGGAGGAAGAGGAGGAGGAGGAGGAGCUGCUACUGGAGAACGAGAGCCGGCCCGAGUCGAGCUUCAGCAUGGACUCGGAGCUGAGUCGCAACCGCGAGAACGGCGGUGGUGGGGUGCCCGGGGUCCCGGGCGCGGGGGGCGGCGCGGCCAAGGUGCUGGCUGACGAGAAGGCGCUGGUGCUGGGCAAGGUCAUGGAGAACGUGGGCCUAGGCGCACUGCCGCAGUACGGCGAGCUCCUGGCCGACAAGCAGAAGCGCGGCGCCUUCCUGAAGCGUGCGGCGGGCGGCGGGGACGCGGGCGACGAUGACGACGCGGGCGGCUGCGGGGACGCGGGCGCGGGCGGCGCGGUCAACGGGCGCGGGGGCGGCUUCGCGCCAGGCACCGAGCCCUUCCCCGGGCUCUUCCCGCGCAAGCCCGCGCCGCUGCCCAGCCCCGGGCUCAACAGCGCCGCCAAGCGCAUCAAGGUGGAGAAGGACCUGGAGCUGCCGCCCGCCGCGCUCAUCCCGUCCGAGAACGUGUACUCGCAGUGGCUGGUGGGCUACGCGGCGUCGCGGCACUUCAUGAAGGACCCCUUCCUGGGCUUCACGGACGCACGACAGUCGCCCUUCGCCACGUCGUCCGAGCACUCGUCCGAGAACGGCAGCCUGCGCUUCUCCACGCCGCCCGGGGACCUGCUGGACGGCGGCCUCUCGGGCCGCAGCGGCACGGCCAGCGGAGGCAGCACCCCGCACCUGGGCGGCCCGGGCCCCGGGCGGCCCAGCUCCAAGGAGGGCCGCCGCAGCGACACGUGCGAGUACUGCGGCAAGGUGUUCAAGAACUGCAGCAACUUGACGGUGCACCGGCGGAGCCACACCGGCGAGCGGCCUUACAAGUGCGAGCUGUGCAACUACGCGUGCGCGCAGAGCAGCAAGCUCACGCGCCACAUGAAGACGCACGGGCAGAUCGGCAAGGAGGUGUACCGCUGCGACAUCUGCCAGAUGCCCUUCAGCGUCUACAGCACCCUGGAGAAACACAUGAAAAAGUGGCACGGCGAGCACUUGCUGACUAACGACGUCAAAAUCGAGCAGGCCGAGAGGAGCUAAGCGCGCGGGCCCCGGCGCCCCGCACCUGUACAGUGGAACCGUUGCCAACUGAGAGAAUGCUGACCUGACUUGCCUCCGUGUCACCGCCACCCCGCACCCCGCGUGUCCCCGGGGCCCAGGGGAGGCGGCACUCCAACCUAACCUGUGUCUGCGAAGUCCUAUGGAAACCCGAGGGUUGAUUAAGGCAGUACAAAUUGUGGAGCCUUUUAACUGUGCAAUAAUUUCUGUAUUUAUUGGGUUUUGUAAUUUUUUUGGCAUGUGCAGGUACUUUUUAUUAUUAUUUUUUCUGUUUGAAUUCCUUUAAGAGAUUUUGUUGGGUAUCCAUCCCUUCUUUACUUUUUUUUUUAAACCCGGUAGUAGCCUGAGCAAUGACUCGCAAGCAAUGUUAGAGGGGAAGCAUAUCUUUUAAAUUAUAAUUUGGGGGGAGGGGUGGUGCUGCUUUUUUGAAAUUUAAGCUAAGCAUGUGUAAUUUCUUGUGAAGAAGCCAACACUCAAAUGACUUUUAAAGUUGUUUACUUUUUCAUUCCUUCCUUUUUUUUUUGUCCUGAAAUAAAAAGUGGCAUGCAGUUUUUUUUAAAAUUAUUUUUUAAUUUUUUUUGGUUUUUGUUUUUGGGGUGGGGGGUGUGGAUGUACAGCGGAUAACAAUCUUUCAAGUCGUAGCACUUUGUUUCAGAACUGGAAUGGAGAUGUAGCACUCAUGUCGUCCCGAGUCAAGCAGCCUUUUCUGUGUUGAUUUCGGCUUUCAUAUUACAUAAGGGAAACCUUGAGUGGUGGUGCUGGGGGAGGCACCCCACAGACUCAGCGCCGCCAGAGAUAGGGUUUUUGGAGGGCUUCUCUGGGAAAUGGCCCGACAGCAUUCUGAGGUUGUGCAUGACCAGCAGAUACUAUCCGGUUGGUGUGCCCUGGGGUGCCAUGGCUGCUAUUCGCUGUAGAUUAGGCUACAUAAAAUGGGCUGAGGGUACCUUUUUGGGGAGAUGGGGUGGCCUGCAGUGACACAGAAAGGAAGAAACUAGCGGUGUUCUUUUAGGCGUUUUCUGGCUUGACAGCUUCUCUCUUUUUUUUAAUCACCCCCACCACAUAAAUCUCAAAUCCUAUGUUGCUACAAGGGGUCAUCCAUCAUUUCCCAAGCAGACGAAUGCCCUAAUUAAUUGAAGUUAGUGUUCUCUCAUUUAAUGCACACUGAUGAUAUUGUAGGGAUGGGUGGGGUGGGGAUCUUGCAAAUUUCUAUUCUCUUUUACUGAAAAAGCAGGGGAUGAGUUCCAUCAGAAGGUGCCCAGCACUACUUCCCAGGUUUUUUUUUUUUUUUCUAUCUCAUUAGGUUGGAAGGUACUAAACAUUGAACUGUUAAGAUUAGACAUUUGAAUUCUGUUGACCCGCACUUUAAAGCUUUUGUUUGCAUUUAAAUUAAAUGGCUUCUAAACAAGAAAUUGCAGCAUAUUCUUCUCUUUGGCCCAGAGGUGGGUUAAACUGUAAGGGACAGCUGAGAUUGAGUGUCAGUAUUGCUAAGCGUGGCAUUCACAAUACUGGCACUAUAAAGAACAAAAUCAUAAUUUAUAGGACAGUUUUUCUACUGCCAUUCAAUUUGAUGUGAGUGCCUUGAAAACUGAUCUUCCUAUUUGAGUCUCUUGAGACAAAUGCAAAACUUUUUUUUUGAAAUGAAAAGACUUUUUAAAAAAGUAAAACAAGAAAAGUACAUUCUUUAGAAACUAACAAAGCCACAUUUACUUUAAGUAAAAAAAAAAAAAAUUCUGUUUGAAGAUAGAGGAUAUGAAAUGCCAUAAGACCCAAUCAAAUGAAGAAAUAAACCCAGCACAACCUUGGACAUCCAUUAGCUGAAUUAUCCUCAGCCCCUUUUGUUUUUGGGACAACGCUGCUUAGAUAUGGAGUGGAGGUGAUUUACUGCUGAAUUAAAACUCAAGUGACACAAGUUACAAGUUGAUAUCGUUGAAUGAAAAGCAAAACAAAAACAAUUCAGGAACAACGGCUAAUUUUUUCUAAAGUUAAAUUUAGUGCACUCUGUCUUAAAAAUACGUUUACAGUAUUGGGUACAUACAAGGGUAAAAAAAAUUGUGUGUAUGUGUGUUGGAGCGAUCUUUUUUUUUUCAAAGUUUGCUUAAUAGGUUAUACAAAAAUGCCACAGUGGCCGCGUGUAUAUUGUUUUCUUUUGGUGACGGGGUUUUAGUAUAUAUUAUAUAUAUUAAAAUUUCUUGAUUACUGUAAAAGUGGACCAGUAUUUGUAAUAAUCGAGAAUGCCUGGGCAUUUUACAAAACAAGAAAAAAAAUACCCUUUUCUUUUCCUUGAAAAUGUUGCAGUAAAAUUUAAACGGUGGGUCUAUAAAUUUGUUCUUGUUACAGUAACUGUAAAGUCGGAGUUUUAGUAAAUUUUUUUCUGCCUUG